AUGAGUAAAGUAUAUCUUCACUGCAACUUGUUUAAGAUCUGUAUACAACUUGAGUUUUUUUUGUAUAUUUAAAGGCAUGUCCAAUGAAGUUCCCUCCUAUGUAGCUUUAGGGUCUCUUUCUGUUAUACUUGAAGUUGCUGAACAAGUAGUCGGCCUUCCAGAACAAUUUAUAAGUCCAGAUAUAAAAAGUUUAGAAGUUUUGUGGCCUAAAUAUGAAUUAGCUAAAAGGGUAACAGAACUGUAUGAAGAGUUAUACAAAAUCCAAGAGCGUAUUCAACAGCAGAAGCUCAGUUUGCGUUCUUCACCAAUUCAUAUCCACUCAACAAGCGAUUUGCAUCAAAAAAUCGUUGAUUUUUCAGGGCUUUUAAAUUUUGUUAUAAAGCAUCUUCAAUCUUUUCAACUGCAGUUGCAAAAUCCUUACCGAGGUCCCGGCAUCGAUGUACAUCCCGAUUAUCACAAAGAUGUUCUUAGUUUGUUCGAGAAUUUACAGUUAAUUUCCGAUUACUUGAAUAAAGAAAAUCUAGCAAUAAAUUAUCUUCGUCAGCCCGGACUUAUUAAGCAGACUUUGGAGCAGUUGCUAUAUAAAGUGACCUCCUUACUUGCUAUUCUUCGCCGAAAUUAUGAAUCUAUUUGUAACUAUUACACUUUUCUUGGAGAUUCUGCUAUUAAUUAGUUUUUUAUUUUUUUAAAAAA